ACAAGAACUGGAACUGGAGGUAUAAAAGAUUGUUGCGCACGUUCGGAUAUCAGUAGAAUUAUUUCUAACGUUAAAGCGUCUAGAAAGCUUUCAAUUUCAUAAAACAUCAAUAAAUUAUUUUUGAUUUACAUUGCAAACAUGAAGUUCGCCGUUGUCGUAGUCUUGGUUGCUUUGGCUUUGGGUGCUAACGCCUCUAUCUUGCCCGGUGCCGUAGUUGUUGGUCAUCCAGGAGCUAUCAUUGCCGCCCCUGGUGCUGUAGCUGUUCAUGCUGCCGUUCCCAGUCCCGUACAAAUCGUAUCCGGUCCAGCUGUUGUAGCCGCCCCAGUUGUUGUUCCCGCACCCACUGGCACCUAUGUAGCUAAGACCCGUGGUGCUGUACAUGUAGCUCCAUUGCCCGGACAUAUUCAAUCGGCUGUGUCCGCUAACUUGCAACCUGCUCCUGGUACCCUAUAAUUUAACUCCAUAAGAGAAUUGAAAAAAAAAAAAAAACGUUGGUUCAACUUAAUAUGCUUCUGAAUUUGGUUCUAUGAUUUAUACCACUUCCACCACCACCAGCACCACAAUCCCCCUUAUAUCACUACAUCCUUUUAGUGCCGCCCAAGCACUUACUCUAAAUGGUUUUAAGCCACUUCAUUACUUCCCAUGUAAAUAACACAAAAAGACCAACAAACCAUCAACACCACCAACUUCAGUUUUCGUUUGUUUUUUUUUAGUUAAAAUUUUUUAAAACAACAAGUUGCAACAAAAUGAUAA